UCGACGGGAAAUCAUGAUAUUUUAAGAGAAAACAUGGAUUUUAACUUAUGAAAGAAGCUGUGUCGUGGUUUUAAAAACGAUGGAUAUCCGCUAACAACAGAAAUUGACAUUUGGACAAGAUGGCGGCCAAGGUGACCCCGUAUUUCAUAUUGACCGCAGGGGGUCUGACAUCUACGACCCCUCCCGGUGAUGACGAUACUGAAUACGUGACAGAAAACCUCGCCAAGAUAUCACGACAUGGACGAGCGGCAAAUGGCAACUCACAAUCAAAGAAACUUAUAUCGUUCACGAGAAACGAAAUCACACAGAAGCGAAUGGACUUAAUCCGACAGAGGCUUGAAGAAUCACGUGUGCGUUACAUGGACGCUUGUAAAACAGCCUCCAAUGAUGCAAGCCGGGUAACCCGGAGUCAAACCAAACUGACAGACAGAUCUGAAAAGGCGGUACCUAAGAUUGGCGACAAUAUAACUCCGCACACAUAUGGCAUGCCAGAAAGUCCUGAGACCAAACUUAGGUCCCGAAUUCAACAGAAGAAGGUGGAGAUGGUAUCGUUAUCCAACACAAAAAGUUCGGAGACUUCAAAAGGUUCCUUUCCAUAUGUGUACUUUGUUGUUUCCGUCGACCGUACUCAGAAUCAAUCAAACAGCAUCCAGGAAUCAGUCGACGAAAGCCAAUCAAAGGAUAGUAGAAGAUACCGUUCAGCACUUAUGUCACGAAUGCAGAAGCGCUAUAUCAAAGAAGACGACAGAGCCAAAAUGCAACAGAUUGCCGGUGAGGUGGGUCUCAAGUCGGACGUCGUGCCACCUCCUUCCCGAUCGUCAAUAUCUCAGCGGACCAUCUCGUUCCCAAUGUCACACCAGUCGACCUCUCCUCCUCGCAAUCCUCCCGCCACCCCUGCUACCAUCGGCUCCGCCUGCCACUUUCUUGACAACGAUAGUCUGUCAAUGGAUAUGAAAGGUGGCAAGACGUCAUCCAUUGACCUCGCAGACAUAAGCAUCAUAGGGACCAGUCGGCCUUCCACAAAACAAAUGUCGACACGGGUUCUUGAGUUGCCUUUCAUGUCAGUGGACAUCCAGAGGAAGAACCUGGGCACAGCUAGUGCUAGCACCAUAGAAUCCAAGUCAAUGGAGAUUGUCUCAAAGUCCUCCUUCACUUCAUCACAAGAAUUCGAGAAUCGCAGGGUGCACUUCUCGGAGACUAUCGACUUGCCUAUGAUUAAAGGCAGCCGGAUCGUUAUUACACCGACGAUUCCAACGCAAAUAACACCUCGUCCAUCAACUAUGCCGGCCCUGAUCGGCAAAAAGGAAGCUGAAUUCAAAGAAACUUUCAAGCAGGCAUAUGAACGUCAGAGAAAUUUCCAACACCAAACGCCCGGCACACCAAGACCAAGGAGGAUUGGUACACCCCUGACUCUUCCAAAAAUUGAUAUCGUAUCCGGAGUUUACGACGAACUCGUCAUCAAGGCUAUCGAGUCGUACGUCCGGGAGUUUCCGCCAACUUCCAAACAAGGCCAGGUGGCGCGUCAGCUACUUCGGCAACUGCAGGAGCGGUCAAUCUCUGCAGCUGAUCUAAGUCAGAUGGAUGACCACAGAAUGCGAGGUCAUAAGAAACUUAGCAUCAAGGAGCUCCCAGACGAUGGCAGUAAGAGUAGGAAAGCGGAAUACAAGACGGAGAAGUCAGGUGGAGGCGCCAUCAGACGGGGACAAAAAUCUAAAGAUCGUCUGUAUAGUACAAUUGCACCCACGUGUUUCAAAAUGGCGAAUCCCGGAGGGUUGGAGGAAACGACUUCAAGUUCUGGAUCCUCAAAACAAAAUAGGAAAAGCGCGGAAAAGGUUCAAGUAAAGGAACAGUGACAUAGUGUCGAUUCAUAAAUGUUGACCAUUGCUGAGACGUUUUCAGUAAUUAUAAUACUUUAAUACAUGAAUGAAUCUCGAUGUUUAAACAAUGGCCGAAGACUCGCUGAGACUGACUCUGUCAACGCUCCAAUGGUUAUCAAGAGAGUGCUGUAAUGGAUCUGUGCUAUCAGUGUGUUUGUUAUAAAUGUAUUUCUUACUGGAAAGGACGGAAAAUAAGUGUACGUGUGCUAUAAAAGUACACAGUAUUGUGAAGAAGGCAUGUGAUUCACAUUAGUGGCAAACAACGACUACAAUUUGUAUAAAAUUAUUACUAAACAAUAAGCAGUUGUAUGUUGCAAAUGCAGAACACAAUUUGUGUCAUGGGCGAUUUUUUGUGCGAUGUAGGAGUGUUGAUUGUCCGUCUAAAUUAACACAGAUAUUACACAUGUGUGGGGACUAGACUACUAGUCAUAUCAGGAAAAGUGAAGCUGUAACACCUGUCGUUAUAUUGUGACCCAGACUUAUCCACUUAACACGACGGUGAGAUCUGAACUAGUCAAAUGGUCAUUGCAAUGUGACCCGAACAAGUUCACUGGUCACUACACUGUGUCCCGAACAAGUUCACUGGUCACUACACUGUGACCCGAACUAGUUCACUGGUCACUACACUGUGACCCUAACAAGUUCACUGGUCACUACACUGUGACCCUAACAAGUUCACUGGUCACUACACUGUGACCCUAACAAGUUCACUGGUCACUACACUGUGACCCUAACAAGUUCACUGGUCACUACACUGUGACCCUAACAAGUUCACUGGUCACUACACUGUGUCCCUAACUAGUUUAGUGGUCACUACACUGUGACCCUAACUAGUUUACUGGUCACUACA